AUGGACGGCGAUGGCCGCUGGGAGCUGCCGCUGCCGAAAAAGGCCGCUCACUAUCGAAUUCAAUACAUUCGUGAAUUUUUUGCCUCCAAAGGCGUCGACUUCGACCGACCCUGCACAUUGGAUACCGGCGGUGAUUGUUGGCUGGCGGGAACACUACCUCCGUGGAACGAGAUCCUCUCAGCGGUGUGCUUCGAGCUAAUCGAGCUUCGACCGGCGACCCUUUGUCUCCGUUCCAAUGGCCUUUACUGCAGGGGCAACACAAGUGGGGAAGCGGUGCACUACGGCGCGUACCUCUUCAAGUGGCUGCCCGAACAGCACGCAUGCGUGCAGUCGAUAUGUCUGGAUGAAAGCCGGCGCUUCAGGAUGCCGGCGUUCGAGUUCAUGAUGGCGCUCCCAUCGAGCGCCCACUUGCGUCACCUCACUCUCAAUUAUGGAUUUUCGUCAUCUCGCACGACGACGUUCAGCGAGCGCGACCUGUGCAACGCCAUCGCGGCGCUUAAGACGCUCGAGACCUGCGAGUUCCUCAACCUGAAGAUCAAAUCCCGCGACCUAGCUCGCGCCAUCGCCACCCUCCUUCGAGAAAACGGCAGACACCUCGUCAAAGUGCGGUUGGAGCGCAACGACCUCUCGCAGCUUAGCACAGCUGUCAUUCUCAAAGCGCUCCUCAAGUGCCAUGUCCUCUCUGAACUCUCGCUCGACGGCAACCGCCUAAACAAGCGCAAUACAGAGACGCUGGCCGUGGUCGUACGUACCCUCCGGAACCUGAAGAAGCUGACCCUUGGCUACAGCAUGUCGGAACGUGGACCCUUCGGCCCCAUUGCAAAUGCCCUGGAGAACAACGUGUCACUUGAGGAGCUGAGUCUGAGAGCCUGCGAAAUUAAGUUUGAACUGCUCUUCGAGGCCCUGCAUACCAACACGACGUUGAGGCUAUUGGACCUUGGGUAUUGCACAAUUACCUUAAGCGAAGUAAUGCACCUUGCCAGAGCCCUGGCAUUCAACAAGGGCCUGCGGAUCCUACGUUUGUGGAUAUGCUGCCUGCAAGACGAGGGCAUUGUGGCACUUGCCAAUGCGAUGGCUAUAAACGACACUCUCGAAAAUCUGGAUCUGUCCGAGAACUGGUGUAGCACUCAAGUUGUCAUGGCUUUCUGCCGGUCCCUGAAGAAUAAUCGCACCCUGAGGAGCAUCGGCGUUCGAAUAAGCACGGAAUCAGAAGACGAGAGGAGGGAGUUGUCUCAUCAAAUGAGCCAGCACGAGUGCUAUGACCGCAUUGCGCUGCAGUGGAAGGAUGCUGACCUGGCGCCCCUGACGAUGGCGCUGGAAGCAGACGCUCAGUCUCUUCAAGAACUUCACCUUGGUUUUGUGGACUACCUCUCCAGCUCUCUGUUGUGCUCGCUUUUUGACGCUCUCGCCAGCAACACCAUGGUGAGAGUCCUGAGGAUCGAUGCGGAAAGCGGCGAGUGUCGCCGGGGGGAAGCACUGCGCAACGCGUUGAUCUCCAAUCGGUCCAUCAAGCACCUGGAAUUGAAACGGCGUUUGUUUGAAGGUUCCUUCAUCUGCGAUGUAUGCGAAGCCCUCCUCGUCAAUACAACGGUGGUCCAGCUGACCCUGAUUAGGAUUGAAAUGGCGCUUAGCCAUUCGAAGCUGUUUUCCAAAAUGCUGAGGCAAAACAAGACUCUGACGUCGAUUGAACUUCACGGGGUAUAUUUCUCAGGCAAGCCAUUGGAGAUGAUAUCUCGAGGCAUCGUUGAGAACAACAUCGUGACGUCCUUCGUGUCCGACGACUUGCCGACGAACCGUGCUUCGCUCCGCAUUCGGGAGGCGAUCCGACGAAACGUCAGCUUGCUGAACCUGGCGGUGAAGUUCGUGAUGCGGCCCAAUCUGACCAAGAGCUCCGCCCAGGCGUUUGAGACGCUGCGCGUAGCUCCUUCGCUGGUGUCACAGCUUUGCGAGGUCACUGGAAAGUCUGAACAAGGAGCCCUGGCAGCUAUUCAGGCAGCCGACCGGUACAUACGUUCGCACUACCUCUACCUCACUGGUGUCGUAAAGUUUUCGGUGGAGUGCCACCCGUGCGCGCAAACGCAGGCGGAUGCAUUGAACGAUUACUGCUGGCAAGCGAUCGCACAGUUCCUCAAGGUUUCCGACGUUCGUGAUGAAUGA